GUCAUAAACCCAAUCAGACGAGGCUUCGCGGCCAAAUACAACUGACCCGGAAAAAGCUGCCACCAAACAUGAUGGAAGUGGUUCUAACCCGACUGCGGGACUUCUCCUGCAAGGCCACCACCUUUGAUGAGCGGAAGUCACCAGCCGUGUGCAGGGAUCCCCGAAGCAGGAAAGGAGAAGGCACCAAACUGGACAUUGAGAGUGCCCUAGCAUGGCUACGAAGGGAACUGAUGGAAAUGCGAUCCCAGGAUCAAGCUCUGGUCCGCCAGCUGAUGGAGCUUCACUCCGGCAUCCAGGAACUCAAGCAGGAGCUAUCUGAGGAGGAGGAGGAGGAGGAGGAUGGCGAGGGAGAUGAGCAAGGCAGCUCCUGGGACUCUGAGAGUGAGCAGGGAAGUGUCUACUCCAGCUGUGGGGAAGUGGGCUCGUCCGUUCCCUUCUCCGGGAAACCUCGCUGGCUUUACCCCACGGCUUCGGCCAGGAAGUUGUUCAGCAGGAGAAGCUCCGUGCCUUAAAAAAAGUCACUCUUUCACUCUCCUGUGCUUUUAAUAUUAGUAAAGAUAGAUGUUGGGGCCUCUCAGAAGAACCUUCCCACAGCAUAAAUGACGAUUACUGUAUGAUGAUACAGAUUAGACACCCAUUUUUAUGGAUAUGAUAUUAGACGAUAGUUCUCCUGUGUUGGUCUGUAAUUACAAUAUAGCCUAAAGGCAGUCAGUGUUGCCUUUGUGUAAGUUUGCUUUGUGUUUGUCUGACAAAUACACGUUUUGUAUGGCGAAAAGUAUUGGGACACCACACCCUUAAAGGUCCCCUAUUAUGGUCCAUGACUUUUUCCUGAUGUGAUAACAGUAAUAUGUACCUAGCACGGCCUCAUGAGGGGAAAAACCCCCUUCCUCAUGAGAGAUGAACCCGCCUACCCGCUUCAGCUUUGUAAAAAAACAAACGAAAAGCAGGCUUCACUAUACAUCUUAAAAUAAAGCCACAAACAGUCUGUUACAGUCAUGGGAGCUGUAAGUUUCAUCAUUUUGUUGUUCGUCAGGGAAUAGGCUAACCUAGCAUGAUGUUGCUGUAAUGUUAGCGCAAUGGCUCGUGGAGCUAUGCUAUGCUAGUGUCGCUAACGCUAACGAGACGGUCCGGUACGUCACAUCUGUAGGGAGAUGGACAGUUACAGUGUAUAUGUAAAAAGUGCGCUCCUUGAAGAGACACGCCGCACACGUGGACAAACACAGCUCAUUAGCAUUAAAGCUACAGACACACACAAAAAAAGCGUGUUCCCAGUUGAGCUUACUAAAAACACUUAAACUGUCUAAAUUUGGAUUAUGGGCAACACUCACGGAAUACGCUAUUACGGUACCCCAGAGGGGGGUGUUUCUGUGUGUGUGGUGGAGGUACUGGCUUUUGGGCAUGUUCUUCCACACCAGACUCAUCAGAUCAUGCCUUCAUAAACCCUGCUUUGUGCACCGGGGCGUGAAAAGUUCCCCAAUUGUCUAAAAGGUCUGCAUAAGAUGAAGAGCUAAACUUUAAGAGGCCUAGUCUGACCCCUCAUUGAUGAAUGGGUUUGUCUAUCCAGUGUAGCUGUUAGUCUGAGUUGCAUAUGCUGUACAGCAAAUGUGCUCCGCAUGCCGAAUGCUCGCUGACCUUACACGACUUUUACGGCAUGCGUGAUGGGGUCAGUGCCGCCGCAGGACAGCCGGGAGUCUGACACCGUCAUAAAUAAUUGUGACAAAGCAAGAUGUAAAACGAACAAACAAACAAACGUGAAUCCGUGUUUGGAAAACAGCUUUAUUGUGAACCAAUAAUUCAGAUCAGGGGUGUCCACCACACUUUUUCCACAAAGGGCAAAAAGAUGAUUAAAGAUGCUAAAUUACACCGCGUCCACAAUUAUUAGGCAACUGGUCUUAUUACUAGUUUUAUUAUUUAACAAUAACAGUGCUUGUGGUCAAUCCAAAAUGUUAAUAAACAUCAAAUGUGAAUAUUUAAGGAAGUGAAAGUGAGGUUUUGGCUUUUCUCUGUGUGUGCAAUUAUUAGGCAACCCCCCAAAAAACAAAAAUAGUCCCAUCUCACUACUUUAUUUUCACAUUUUUCAUCAUCUGACCGUCUGUAAAUCUUAUACUUAAGGGCCCUCAAGUACUCAAUAGGGUUUAGGUCGGGUGUCGUUAUUUUUCAAGACCUUUAAUAGGUAGCCACGGAGUAUUUGGAUGCAUGAGAUGGGGCAUUGUCCUGCAUACAAAUCUCAAAAGACGCACUUUUUCCUGUACUACAGUCUGAAGAAAGUGACAGCAGGUUUGGGAGUUGAGUUUGAGUCCAUCUUCAACCUGAAAAGGCCCAACAAGCUCAUCUUUUAAUCACCCCACCUCCACCUUUUUACAGUUCUUGCCUCUUUAGUCUGUUAGAUGUCUUUUCUGACCUGUUUUGCUGCCUACUGUGCAUACGUAAUAAAGGGUGUCGAUCUCCUAAGGCCACACCCUCCCUCAGUACACACAUGCACAUCACCUGGUACGCUUCCAGCCAAUAGGCAUUCAAGUUUAUUCAUCUUGGGGUUGGAAAACAUGCAUACAAAUGACAGUAUGUCAAUGAUGUGAAAGGUAUUAGCUAUUGGAUGUGAAACAAAGAGAGAGUAGGAUUGAACAAGAUCUGCUUUUUCCUGCUCCUUUUGGACAUUUGGAAUUGUGAUAUGAGAGGAAUACGAAUGUUAAUGUUCAAAUCAAUCAAUCAAUAUGGUCAAAAUACUGCCUUGCCUAAUAAUUGCGCAGUGUAUAUAUACUUAUCUUAGCUUUGUGUAAUAUCUAAUACUAAUGAGUAAUCAUCAAUUAAGGCAGGGGGCGCCAGUUCAAUUCCAGCCCCUAUUAUUUGUUUUAUUAUGUACUGCUUUACAUGAUUAUGUUUUCAUAUAUUUGGCCAGGGCGGCCCUGUUAG